UUUGGUACCUCCUGUUGGCAAUAUCUAUCUUUCAUAUUACAUCUGACGGUAGUUCUAAGGACUGAGUGAAAAGUGAAGGAACUCGGGAACGAAAAUGCCACCAAAGCGAGAUCCUGAGUUGGAGGCACAGGCGUUGGACUGGGUCGAAUCUAACUAUGGAAAAUCUAUCGACAAGAAGAGCGGACUUGAGAAUGUCCUUAAAGACGGCAUCAUACUGUGCGAUAUGAUGAACAAUCUGAUGCCCGGAUGCAUCAAGAAAAUCGACAGAAAGGGAGGCGGUUUCGCUCUUAUGCAGAACCUUGGACGAUUCCAGGACGCCGCAAAAAAGUAUGGAGUUCCAGCGGAAGAGGUUUUCCAGACUGUUGACCUCUGGGAGAGGAAGAAUAUUCCCCAAGUCACGCUGUGUAUUCACGCAAUGGCGAGAGUGGCACAGACGCGAGAUGACUACAAGGGAAUGAUACUUGGACCAAAAAUGGCCGAGAAGCAAGAACGUGAAUUUACGGAGGAGCAACUGAGGGAGGGGCGAAACGUCAUCAGCCUACAAUAUGGCAGCAACGAGGGUGCUUCACAAGCAGGCCUUAAUAUGGGCAAACAACGUUCAAUCAUGGAUUAGGUCAUAUUAGGAAAUAUACCAGGUCAUCUAGACGUUUGAAAGAAUGCUAGUCUAUCUUAAUCCAAAGGAACCUUACUAGUGAAGUGUUCUUAGUUUUCUAGAUGUGACAAAAGGAAUUAACUUCAUCUUUAAUUCAAUAAGAACAAAACAUCGGAAGUUUAUCGAAGAAUAGCAGAAGAAAGUCAUCUUUAUGAUAUCAAGGAUCCGGAGAAAUAUACAAGUUUAUGAAUGGAUUUCGGGAUGUGGAUGUUUUUCACUUUUCACAUACAAUUGUGUUUCUCUGGAGAAUCAUUUGUGUCCUGGCGUAGUUAGAAUCAUAUUAUGUAUUUUAAGACGAGAAAUUAAAUUAUUCGACUCUGAAAGAGAAUAAAUGGCGAAUGUGACGAUUAUUUAUUAACAUAACAUGUAGACCAACCAAAAUAACUGUUCAUUUCAUCCAGAAACUUACCAUUUAGAAAUAUUUAAAAGUCAAAUAACUUUUUAUCUAAAUUCACAAACAGAAUUCGUUUUAAGAUUGAAACGACUGUGCGUUAUACUAAUGACACAUUGUACAACAGUACAACUGGCCUUUCCUCCCAACAGACCAACCACGCCGUUACCUUUUCUCACCUGAGAUAUUAGUCAGUCCUCUAUAUAGGGCUAAAACGUUAGAGUAGAUUUAUUUAUAGAUUUCGUAGCAAUGUACAGAAUGUCUAGAGGUUCUUAACAAUAAAAUUAAAAGCUAUUCGGUAAAGCGGAGAACCGAAUGUGUGUAAUUUCCAGAAUUUAUUUUCAUGGUCAUAUAGAUUUAUUUUUAUUUGUUCAUAUUCGUAUCAAUAUGGUUUGUUUUAAUAAAUAAAAUCAUAUCAUCUUAA